GUGACCGUCCCUGGCUGAAGACGGUCCCUCGGUCGCCAACAUGUCGGACGUCUCGUGGGAUGACGACGACUUCGAGCCAGUGAAGGCCGCGCCCGUGCUGCCCUCAGACAAAUGGGACGGGGAAGAUGAGGACGACGUAAAAUGUUCUGAUACAUGGGACAACUGGGAUGACGAGGAUGAAGAGAAGCCGGCCUCAACCACCACCACCACCACCGGCACCACCGCCACCACCACCACUGCACAAGCCAAGAAGAAAAAGAAGAAAAUAGGCGACAUUAUAGCUGAGAAGGAGGCUAAGCAACACGAGGAAGCAGAACGGCGGCGGAGGGAGGCAGAGGAGCGCGCCGCAGGUCAGACAGCGGCGGGGAAAUUGGCGGAGAAGUUGAGACUACAGAAGGUGCAGGAGGAUGCUGAUCUCCAACUGGCGUCCGAGCUGGUGGGGACUGGUGGCGGAGGUGGUGGUGGUGGUGAAGAUGACCCGAGACUGCUGGAAGUUGUCGACCUGAACACCACGGAGGGUCUGUCCUUGCUGCGGCGCGUGGUGGUGUCCAAGGUGAGGGCUACGGACAGGCUGGAGAAGCGGCCGGCCUUUGUCACCUUUGUGGAGGACAUCACGCGGGACCUCUGCCAGAACUUGGAGAUGGAUGAGGUGAAGCGGGUGACAGCCGUCCUGAACACACUGUACAACGAAAAGAUGCGCGCCAGCAAGCCCAAGAAUAAGAAGAAGCAGACGGGCAAGGCCAAGCUAAACGUGGGCUCGGGGGCGAUUGCGGACGACUACAGCAAUGACUUCGGGGCUGAAUAUGAAGACUUUAUAUAGUGCAGAGUGAUUCUAGUGGCUGUUUAUUGUUUGCAAGCCUUCCUUAGCCUAAUACGCCUCCUCAUACUCUUCCUCUUCCUCAUACUUUUCCUCCUCCUUGUUCCUCUCCUUGAUCAUCUUUGUUCUUCCAUUAUCAUUGUCUCAUUUUUCUCCUCUUCAUCUCUCUCUCCUUAUCUUCAUCUCUUUGCUCAUGGUUCCUUGUGUUCUCCCUCAUUGCUUUCUUCCUCCUCGACCUCAUCUUCUUUAUUGUGAUUCAUAUUAUUAUUAUCAUUAUUAUUAUUGUGGUUAUGAUUCCUUUUUCUUUUUCAUGAGGUUAUUAUUAUUAUUAUCAUUAUUAUUAUUAUUAUUUUUAUUUGGUUUUCUUCUCUUCUUAUCUCUUGAGGAAUGGGCAGUUAUUUCCUCCUUCUUUUCUCUCCUCUUGAAUUGGGUUUUAUGGCUUUGUGCAUGGCUGCUUUUUGUAUCACCUGAGAGAGAGAGAGAGAGAGAGAGAGAGAGAGAGAGAGAGAGAGAGGACAGCUGGUUGGUAUCUUUAUUAGUUUUCUGUUUUAAUUUACUCCUUUCUCCUCUUCCUCUUAUCUCCUCCUCCUCUUAUCUCCUCCUCCUUUACCUCCUCUUUCCUCUCCCUUCCUUUCAUCUCCUGUUUCUUCCUCCAUCCUGUUUCUUUCUCUCCCUUUUCCUCUUAUCUCCUGUUUCUUCCUCCAUUCCCUUUUCCAUCCUGUUUCUUUCUCUCCCUUUUCCUCGUAUCUCCUGUUUCUUCCUCUCCCUUUUCUUCCCAUCUCCGGUUUCUUCCUCCAAUCCCUUUUUCCAUCCUGUUUCUUUCUCUCCCUUUUCCUCCAAUCCCCUGUUUCUUCCUCCAUUCCCUCUUCUUCUUUUUCCUCCUUUUCUUGUCACAAAAUUCCGGUGUGAUUGAAUUUACUCAUAAUAAAAUUGCAGCUCAGUGACUGGUAUUUAAAUUAUCUUAUUUUUUAUAUUUGAAUUAUAUAUAUAUAGACUCCUGGUGCAGUUUCUUGUAUAUUUUUGUUAUUAUUUUUCUUUAUUCUCCCUUUGUCUUCAUUUUCCACUUUUAUUUAUUUAUUAUUAUUUUUUUUUUCAAGAAUGUACUCUAUUCCACUUUUUUUUCUUCCAGUCUUUUUCUCUCGUCUUCUUCUCUAGCUUUUCUCCUUUCUUAUUUUCUUUUCUAUCUCCUACUCCUUUCUCUUACCUUGUCUUUUUUCCUCCUCCUCCUCCCUUUCUUCCUAACUGUCUCUUACUUCCAUUCUUUAUCUUAUCACCUUUCUUCCUCUCUCCUUCCUUCCUUUCUUCCUAACUUUAUCUUGCCUCCUUUCUUUCUGUCUCUCUCCUUCCUUUCUUUCUUCCUAUUCUCUUAUCCUCUAUCUUUCUGUCUUAUCCCUUUCUUCCUUUCUAGCCUCUUAUCCUAUUCCUUUCUUUCUUUCCUUUCUUUCUCUAUUUCCUUCCUUCCCUUUUUUUUUAAUCCGACAAUUCAAAUUUCUUGUUGCGUUUUUGGUGCUGCUGUCACGGCUUUUUGUUUGUCUGUCUGUGUUGGUUGCUCUGUCCAUUGGUCUGCUUGUCUGUCUGUCUGUUUUCAUACAUACAACUUGUGGCCUUAAUAAGCGAUGUGUUUCUCUCUCUCUCUCUCUCUCUCUCUCUCUCUCUCUCUCUCUCUCUCUCUCUCUCUUGGCUUUCAUCUUAAUUCUUGUUUAUUGUUCAUUUUAAUUCUCUCUUUCUCUAUCAUCUAUCUAGCUCACGGUCUCUCGCUCACACACACACACGCACACACACACACACAUGCGCUCAUAAUUACAGCAACAUUAAAAUUUAAAUCAGAAAAUGUCCUAUAAACAAUAACAGCAAAAAACAACAGUUGGUCAGAAAAAAAUAAAUAAACACUGCAAGAAAACGAUAGUAGUAUGUAUAGACCUUUUUUUUAAUCCCAAGAAGAAAAAAUACUUAUAAUAAUAAUGAUAAUAAGCAAUGACGUUCGGGAAAAAAGUGUACAAUGGUAAUAAUUUAAUCAAGCGACACACAGCUAUUUUAUGUUUACUUCUAUUAAUCUGCAUCACGACAACUAGCUGCUAUUAUCUGGUUUUACUAUUAUUAUUAUUAUUACUAUUAUUGUUAUCAUCACGCCCAUACUACUGUACUACUAAUAAAAUGCUGUGUUUGUUAAGC